UGGUUCUUGGAGGGGAGGGGAGAGUCUUCAUGGAAAAAUUCUGCCUUGGAAAAUAUUCUUGCUUAGCUUUUCCGUCUGAAUUUGGGAGACAUGCAGAUCUUUCCUUAUUACCUAUGAAUAGAAUCCAUAGCCAUUUAAUGACCGAGUGGGAAUCAUGCAGGGAGAAGCGCUUUGGCGGCCCUUUAGAUGAUGCAAAAAUUCAUUUCCCAACAGCUUCAGCCUGUAUAGAGAAUAGGGAGGGAUGCUGGGAAUUGUAGUUCAACAGUAAAUGGAGGUUUGCGAGUUUCGUGUAUGGAAACAUACAUGGAAGAGGAAGUCGUUUUUUAUUUGAUUUGGUUUCUAAUCCACUAUAUAAAAUUGGACUGGCCCGAAUCGGAAAAGUACCAGCAGGGGCAUUUCCUUAGUAUGUUAUAACGGGCAAAGAGCUGUUUGAAUGCUUCAGGAGGGUCAUAAGAAAUUGUCCAUCAGAUGCUCCUAAAAUCAGAUAACUCCAGCAAAUAUGUUAAAGAUGAUGGGAAUUAUAACCAGAAUAUUCUUAAAAUCACAGUUUCCUCAUCUCCUGCUUAAAGAAUCUAGCACUCCAAACUUUUGUGAAAAAUUCAACUGUAGAAAUUGAAUCCUAAUUCUAGACGCUCAAAUCGUUUGUCUAUAGAUGAAUUAUUCUACAAUAAUAUGCAUCAGAACUGUGAUUGGUAUUUCCACCCUCAUUAAUCUUUAUGUUGCCAUGUCCUUUACUGAGACUCCCUUACUUUGCAAUUUGGAAACGCUUUGGAGUGAUGUACUGUAUUAUCUACUAAGAACGGGAAAAAAUUACUAUAAAGCCACCAAUAGUGAGUUUUGCAGUGCGAAAAGCAAUCCUACCCAGUGCAGUGGGAAAUUCCAAUGAACUGGUGCAGAUCGACUGCUGUUGGAGAGCAAUUGGCUCGCCACAAGAUGCCUCUGUCUCUCCAUAACUAAUACCAGUGUGAAAAAGUCACUGCUAUGAAGUGUGAAGCAGUCAACAGGUAACUGGUUCCUGCAUGAAAGCAAUUCACAGAUACCAGUUGGGGGUGUGUAAGAUUGCCAUCUAUCAACAAAGAAGAAUACUAGAAAAACCCAGUGAACUUGAAAAAGAUGCUACGUCUAAGCUGGCAGAGUCAUCCAAAGUUACUAUGUCACUGCAUGGUUUCUGAUCUGUAUUUGAAGUUGUUUCUCUCAAGAAGCUUCACCAUGACCUGGAAAGCAUGGACCUUCAUGCAGUCUCUUGUUGGAAAUAAGAACAUUGUCUUGAUGGGGCCUCCAGGUGCUGGAAAAACAACAGUAGGAAAAAUACUAGGUCAGAAGCUGGACUCUUGUUUCAUAGAUGUGGACGAUGAUGUUCUUGAACCAACCUGGAAUAUGACUGUCGCAGAAAAAUUAAAGAGCAUUGGAAAUGAACAGUUUAUAGAAGAAGAGGGAAAAGCCCUGUUAAACCUUUCAGCAUCUGGAAGUGUAGUGUCCCUUUCCGGAUCUAACCCAAUGAAUACUGCUAGCAUGGAGCACAUGAAGAAAAAUGGAAUAGUGGUAUAUCUGGAUGUACCCACAGAAAGCAUAAUGGAUCGUUUGAAAUUAAUGAAGGUGGAUCGUAUUGUGGGACAGGGUCAAGAAACAUCAUUAGGAGACAUUAUUAAGUUCAGGAAGCAAUUUUAUAAAAAGUGGUACGAUGUCCGUGUUCUCUGCGAAAAUGGGAUUACAGCAGAGAAUGUAGCAGACAAAGUGCUUCUCGCUGUUAAGAGGUAUCAAAAUUCUGAACUGGAAUGCUUCAUUUCCACCCGUGCCAUUAAGGAAGACAAAUCAAGGAGUUUUAUAAAAUAUUUCAGUGAUGUUCUUAUUGAAGGUCUGGCCCCAGAUGGUGGGCUCUUUGUUCCUGAGUUGGGACUUCCAAAAUUUACUGGUGGAGAAUGGCAACAUUUAUUAGGAGCAACUUACACAGAAAGAGCUCAGAUUAUACUAGAAAGGUGUGUAUCUCCUGAUGAUAUUCCUGCUUCCAAAUUGUGGGAAAUGAUUCAGAUGGCAUAUGGACAAAAUUUUAUGUGUUCUAAAAUUGCCCCAGUUAGACAUCUGCAAGGGAAUCAGUUCCUUUUGGAGCUGUUUCAUGGACCAACGGCUUCAUUUAAAGAUUUGGCUUUACAGUUACUGCCCCAUCUGUUUGCAUACUGCAUUCCCCGAAGCUGCAAUUACUUGAUCUUGGUAGCAACUUCUGGUGACACAGGAAGUGCAGUUCUAAAUGGUUUUGGUCAACUUAAAGAGUCUGAUAAACAAAGAAUUGCUGUGAUCACAUUCUUUCCUCAUGAUGGAGUUAGCCAAAUACAGAAAUUCCACAUGAUCAGCUGCCAAGAAGUCAACACAAAAGCCAUAGGCGUCCAGGCUGAUUUUGAUUUUUGCCAGACUGCCAUCAAACAAAUGUUUACCAAUUCAGAUUUUACUGGCUUUCUCACAAUGGAAUAUGGAACAGCGUUAAGUGCUGCAAAUUCUAUCAACUGGGCACGCUUGCUUCCCCAGGUGGUUUAUCAUGCAUCAGCUUAUCUGAACCUUAUUGAACAAGGUGUUAUUUCGUUUGGGAGCCCCGUAGAUGUCUGCAUUCCCACAGGUAACUUUGGCAACAUACUAGCUGCGAUUUAUGCAAAAAACAUGGGGAUCCCUAUUCGGAAAUGUAUCUGUGCUUCCAAUCAAAACAAUGCCUUGACUUCAUUUUUAAAAACAGGCUUGUAUGAUUUACAAGGAAGGCAAUUAAUGCCAAGCUUGUCACCAGCAAUAGACAUUUUGAAGUCUUCCAACCUUGAACGUUAUUUACACCUGAUUGCUAAUGGUGAUGGACAGCUAGUGACACAGUUACUUCUCAGUCUGGAAAACCAUCAGGGCUUUCAGUUGCCGGAAAAGCUCCUGCAAAAGCUUCAACAGGAUUUAGUGGCUGAUUGGUGCUCUGAGGAAGACUGCCUGGGUGCCAUACACUCUGUGUACAACACCACAGGGUACAUUCUAGAUCCACACACAGCUGUUGCCAAAGUGGUUGCAGAUCGACUUCAAGACAAAACUUGCCCCGUUAUCAUUUCUUCUACUGCUCAUUAUUCUAAGUUUGCACCUGCUAUUCUACAGGCACUGAGGAUUGGGGAAAUAAAACAGACUCCAUUAAGCCAGCUUCAGUUGUUAAACUCAUAUAACCCUUUGCCUCCAGUCCAUGGGGGCCUAUUAGAGAUGCUGAGAAAGAAUGAAAAACCAAAGUAUGAGAUUUGUGCUGCUAACGUCAAUGUCCUUAUGGAACACGUGGAAGGCUUAAUACAAAAUCACUUCAUAAAGGUUUUCUAACUGCAAGAUGCUUGGUGGUGAUGACCAGGUGUCCUGUUUUUGAUUUUCUCAUGGCUCUGUAUGUUUUAAUAAAUGCUUAGUAGACACAAUUAACUUUAGUGAAUAUUUACAGUGACAAAUGCCAAAUACAAUAGAAUCAAAACAAGUAUAACUGAAAAAAAGAGAAGACGUCAUAUUCCCAAAGGAGAAAUUGUUUGGAAGAAAAAUAAAUCCGAAUGGAAAAUA